AUGGCUACCCUCAACGAGAUACAGACAGAGGAGAGCUUUGAUCAAACCAUCAAGAAUGGCACGUCAUCAACUCUGUUCGUCCUCUACUUCCACACACCAUGGGCGGCUCCAUGCACCCAGAUGAACACCAUCCUCACAGCCCUCGCCUCCACCUACCCCGCCAAUGCGCCCAUCCAAUUCCUCUCCAUCAACGCUGAGGAGCUACCAGAUAUCUCAGAGGCUUAUGACGUGACAGCGGUUCCAUUCUUGGUCCUGCAAAGAGACGGCAAGACCCUGGAGACCGUGAGCGGUAGUGACGCCACAAAGGUGCGGAAUACAGUCGAGAAAUAUGCUGGUGGACAGAACAAGAGUGCAAACGGCAUUCCUCCUGCGCUACAGGCAACACCUCAGCAGCAGACCAAUGGAAGUACAGACAACGGCGCCCCUACGACCACCAAGGACUUGAGUGGCUAUGCGCCCAAGCCUUCAGAUCCUCAAACAGCGCCCGCUUUUUCCUCCACUCAAGAGUCGCAGGAGGAGUUGAACGAACGACUCGGGAAGUUGGUUAAAGCUGCACCGGUCAUGCUGUUUAUGAAAGGAACCCCCAGUGCGCCUCAGUGCGGCUUCAGCAGACAGCUAGUCAGCAUCCUGCGCGAGAACCAAGUUAAAUACGGAUUUUUCAACAUCCUCGCCGACAACGAUGUUCGGGAAGGUCUCAAAGCCUUCUCCGACUGGCCCACAUUCCCUCAAUUAUACACAAAUGGCGAACUCAUCGGAGGGCUAGAUAUCGUACGAGAAGAAAUGUCUGCUGAUCCCGAUUUCUUCAAACCAUUUUCCGCAGGAGCCAAGCCAGAGGCCGAAGCUCCUACAGCGACUGCCUGA